GGGGUGGCGGGCAGCUAGUGCUUGUCUAUGAAGAGUCUUUGAAGCUCUGUCACAGGGACAGGGCAUUAGCCGGGUUCUGCUGGCCCUGAAUGGGGCACACGGCUCCAGAGGGGCAUAAGAACUGUCUUCAAGUCUUUGGGAGGCUGUCCUGGGGAAGAGGGACUAACUGCCUUUGUUCUUGGCUCGGCAGGAGUAAUGGGGGGGGGGGGCUGGGAUUCGCAGAGAGGAAGACCCCCACCACCACACAAGGAAUAACGUCCUGGCCGUGAAAGCCUCGGAAGAAGGAAGGGGCGGCCUCAGUCCUCCGUGGUAGGUUCUUCGCUACGGGAGGUCUUCGAGUUAAGGCUUGGGGGCGUGGCAGAGGCCAUUUGUACUCGAGGGUGGCUGAACUCGACGGAAAGGUGGUCUGGAACUAUGAAUGGGAUGCUGGGACAUGGGUCAAGGGGGCUUCCGUUGACUUCUGAAUCCUCAUCGGAAAGCUGGGAAGUCACACUCUGAACACCUCAUCUAGGGGGUUGCCCUAAGGCCCAAAUGAGACACCUCGAGAGCUCAUCGGCCCUCGUUGCUAGGAUGAGCCAUUCAUCCGAAUAUAAUCACGAGUCAUCCCUUCGGACUCCGGGAUCUCGUGAUUCCUGUGGGACGUGCUCACCCACCUGCUCUCCGUCCAGAACUCUAGCGCUCAGGGCUAUGGGAGCCUGGGACAGCAGAAAUCCCUCACUCAGAACCGGCCACCUUUCAUCUGGCAAUCAGACAGGAGCUGGACCAAGCCCCGGCAAGUCACAGGCUGGUUCGAUGGCCGCCUGGGGCACCGCAGAGCCCGCAAUGCUGAGUCAUGGCACCUCCGCCAAAGCCCCAGAGGAAGGAGUCAGAGCCUGUAGCAGCUGUGGGACUGCACACAGGUCACCGUCCCUCCCUCUCGAACUAGACGUGUUCUUCCUGCCCCGCCCUCAGCACCAAUGGUGGAGGAGAAGGGGGGAAAUGGAGUUGCACUCAAGCAUAUUUUGGGUCAGUGCAAUAACAAAUAACGAGAGCGACCCCAAGUGGAAUAGGCUGCCUGUGGAGGAAGGGAGGCAGGGGAAGCAGCUCCUGACUGACAUCUGGACCAGACAGUCUCAAGAGUUUACCAAGAGGAAAGUUUGUUGGUCACUAAGAAAGCAGCCUUUAAAAACUCCAUCAGAAGUAAAGUGUGAUUGAAGCUUAGGCAGAUGCAGAAUUCUUGGCUUGGUAAGAAGGCUGAUAAAAUUCAGUUUUAUGCUGGUAGUAACAAUCCAAAGCACCUUGAUGACACCCCGAAGGCUAUCGGUAGGCCAAAGGCCUAUGGUGCAUCUCAAGUACUCAGCACCGAUGGAGUCACCCUGAUCAGUGAUAAGGACAUGAUCCUGGAGAUGGGCUGAUCACUUCCAUAGUCUUCUCAACAGAACCUCAUCAGCCAAUGCUGAAGCCACCUCAGGUUGAUGGCAGUUCCUCUCUAGCUGAACUUCCAACUGAAGGAGAGGGUCUGGAUGCCAUUUGCUUCCUCUCCUGUACCAAAGUACCUGGUGCUGGCUCUGUUCCAGCUGAGAUUUGCAAGGUGAGGGUCCAUGGCUCAUAGGGAAGCUGACAUUCCCCAACUGAUAAAUGGUCAAAGGAUAUGAACAGGCAGUUCUCAGAGGAAGAAA